AUGGAGCCCAACAAAGCCGUCAACUCAGUGGCUAUUCAUCUCGAGGAACGCCAUGGCGGCGCAGUCGGCCAUGAUCGAGAGAUAAAGAAGCCCAUCGCUCUGGACGAGGUUCACGGCGACGAAGCCGUUAAGGUGAUCGCUUCAUACAGCGGAGGCGAAGAAUGGACCGCUGAAGAAGAGAAACAACUGGUGAGGAAGAUCGACCGACGACUGCUGAUAUUCUUGUGCCUGUCCUACGGCUUUCAAUAUUAUGACAAGGCAAUGUUUUCACAGGCUGCGAUCUUUGGCAUGAGAGACGACCUCAAUCUGACCGUCGGCAAUCGUUACUCCUUCUCGGCCUCCAUCUUCUAUCUGGGCUUUAUUUGCGGUGCCUACCCCGCUGUGGUCCUGUCCCAGCGCUUCCGCGUCCGGUACGUGGCCGGCAUCAUUCUCUGUAUCUGGGGUGCCGUGUUGAUGUGCGCCGCCGCGUGCAAGACGUACCAAGGUAUCUACGCUCAGCGGUUCUUUCUCGGUUUCCUCGAGGCCGGCAUCGCUCCUAUAUUCAUGCUCGUUGUGGGUAGUUGGUAUAAGAAGAAUGAGCAGGCUUUCAGGAUGGGGAUAUGGUACUGCUGCACCGGAUACAUCUCCAUUUUCUCCCCACUGGUUAAUUACGGCCUUGGGCACAUCACCGGUGGCACUUUGGCACCGUGGCAAUACAUGUUUCUUUUCGCGGGCGCCCUGACGGUUCUCUGGUCGUUCGUCAUUUUUUAUAAAUUGCCUGGAGAUCCCAUAACCGCUACAGGGUUCACUGAACGUGAACGAUACAUCGCCGUGGCCCGCGUCCGAUCCAACAACACUGGCGUGCGCAACGUGCACUUCAAACCCAGCCAGGUCCUAGAGGGCCUUCUUGACGCUAAGUUCUGGCUAGUCUUCGCUAUGGCGUUUCUCAUGAUGAUAGCGAACGGGCCUCAGUCGACCUAUCAGGCCAUCAUCGUGGCCGGUUUUGGAUUCAGCUCACUCAACUCCCUCCUCCUUCUCAUGCCAUUCGGCUUUAUCAUCGGGAGCAUUGAACUUGGCGCACCUUACUUGGCGUACAAAAUCCCAAACAUUCGAACCUACCUCAUCGUUCUCUGCCAGUGCCUGACCGUGAUGUCGUCCCUCUUGCUCUGGAUUCUGCCCCGGUCCCAACUCGGCGGCCUCCUCGUCGGUGUCUACUUCUUGGGCUCCUUCGCCGGGAGCUACGUCCUCUCUAUGACGCUGUCAAUCGCCAACACCGCGGGCUACACCAAGCGCUCCUUCGUCUCAGCCGCUAUGUUCAUCGGCUACUGCCUCGGAAACGUGAUGGGGCCGAUCCUGUUCAAGUCCAAAGAUGCACCUAGAUACGUCCCGGCCUGGGUUGUGGUCGUGGUGACGUCCAGUCUCACAGCCUGCUUGACCAUGGUCUAUCGAUUCUUGUGCAUCUGGGAGAACAGGCGGCGGGACAGGACAGGGUCUUUGGAGGGAUUCGAGCAUGCUUACGAAGAUGACCUGACGGACAAAAAGAAUCCACAAUUUCGCUAUGUCUAUUGA